GCCUCACAGGCAGCAGCAGAUUUCAGAGGUGCCCCUAAUGGAGGCUGAGGAACAGGAGGAAGAUGCCAACUCCCUCUCAAAGGAUGAAUCUGAGACUAACUCACGUGACUGCCUCCGCUACGUGCCCCUCUGCAUAGCCUUUCUAUUGCUGGUCGGGACUGCCACAGCAACAUGGUAUUUUUUAGACUACAAACCACGGCACCCAGAAACAGCCAUCCUGCAGCUUUACUCUGGCAGCCUCCAGGUUCUCAAUCGCCAGUACACCCCAGAACUCGGGCGGUCAGAGUCCAGGGCCUUCUGGAUAGAGUCAGCUAAGCUUCAAAAGAUGCUGAAGGAACUGAUUGAUGCCACAGAGCUGGGGCGAUAUUACAACUCGAGUACAGUCUACGCCUUUGGGGAGGGGGCUUUGACCUUUUUCUUCUGGUUUGCUCUCCAAAUCCCUGAGAAUCAGCAAAAGGAGAUGACUGCCGAGAGGGUAAAUGCAACACUUCGACAAGAACUCACCACUAGUUUCAACAGCUCAGGCAGCCUGUCCUACCAGACAGAGUACAAGGUCAAUCCUGACUCCCUGGUUCUGCUGGAAUCCAGUGUGAAAGACAUAAUAGUCCUGAAAUCCACUCUGGGUUGCUAUAGAUAUAGCUAUCUCCAGGAAGAUGACGUCUUCAAGCUGGAGGGCCCUGACUAUUUGGCCUCCAGUUGUCUUUGGCAUCUCCAUGUCCUCAAGGGUUACAUGAUCAAGCUACGCCUGGAGUGGACUCUCCCAGAGUGCAGGGAUCGCUUGGCUAUGUAUGAUGCAGCGGGGCCUCUGGAGAAACAUCUCAUCACCUCAAUCUAUGGUUGCAGCCGGCAGGAGCCCGUUGUGGAAGUCCUUUCAUCGGGCUCUGCGAUGUCCAUUGUGUGGAAGAAAGCCAUGUACAGCUAUUAUGACCCCUUCAUCCUCUCUGCACAGGCUGUGCCCCUCAAAGCCUGCAAAGUGAAUAUAACCCUACGGGAAGGCCUGAAGCUGCAGGGGAAGAUUGGCACGCCACACUACCCAAGUUACUAUUCACCCAACACACACUGCACAUGGCACUUGACGGUCCCAUCUCUUGACUAUGGGGUCACCCUGUGGUUUGAUGCCUAUGCGCUCAGCAGACAGAAAUAUGACCUGCCCUGUACCCAAGGCCAGUGGAUAAUUCAAAAUAGAAGGUUGUGUGGCCUGCGGACCCUGCAAGCCUAUGCGGAGCGGAUUCCUGUCACGUCCUCUGCUAACAUCACCAUCACCUUCACCUCUCAGAUCUCCUUAACAGGCCCCGGGGUACAGGCUGCCUACAGUCUGUACAACCAAUCAGACCCCUGUCCUGAGGAGUUCCUGUGUUCUGUGAACGGCUUGUGUGUCCCAGCCUGUGACGGAAUCAAAGAUUGCCCCAAUGGGUUGGAUGAGAGAAACUGUGUGUGCUCUGCAAAGUUCCAGUGCCAGGAGGACAGCACUUGCAUUGAGUUCAGCAAGGUCUGCAAUCAUCAACUGGAUUGCGUCAAUGGGAGUGAUGAAGAGCAGUGUUUUGCAGAUGUUCCCUGUGGGCCUUUUACCUAUCGCUGUGAUGAUGGAACAUGUGUGAAGAAACCCAACCCUCUGUGUGAUGCCAUUGUGGACUGCAAGGACCUGUCUGAUGAGAAGCACUGUGACUGCGGGCUGCAAGCCCCUCUCAGCAGGAUUGUAGGUGGUACUGAUUCUGUGGAAGGAGAAUGGCCGUGGCAAGCCAGCCUGCAAGUUCGAGGACGCCACAUUUGUGGGGGAACACUCAUUGCUGACCGCUGGGUAGUCUCAGCUGCACACUGCUUCCAGGAAGAAAGACUGGCUUCCCCCUCCGUCUGGACCGUUUAUUUGGGCAAGUAUUUGCAAAAUGCCACCAGUCACACAGAGGUGUCCUUCAAGGUGGACCGCCUAUUCCUCCACCCUUAUUAUGAGGAGGACAGCCAUGAUUACGAUGUGGCUCUGCUCCAGCUGGACCAUCCUGUGAUCAGCUCGCCCUUCAUCCAGCCUAUCUGCUUGCCUGCCCCCUCCCAUCUCUUUGAGCCUGGCCUUCAUUGCUGGAUCACUGGCUGGGGAGCCAUCAAGGAGGGCGGCCGCAUCAGCAACAUGUUGCAGAAGGUUGAUGUGCAGCUCAUCCAGCAUGACAUCUGCAGUGAGGCCUAUCACUACAUGAUUUCUCCCAGGAUGCUCUGUGCUGGGUACCGCAAGGGCAAGAAAGAUGCCUGCCAGGGUGAUUCUGGCGGUCCAUUAGCCUGCAAGGAGCCCAGUGGCAAGUGGUUUCUGGCUGGUUUGGUGAGCUGGGGAAUGGGUUGUGCACGUCCAAAUUACUAUGGAGUAUAUACCAGAAUCACCCAAGUGCUGGGCUGGAUGAACCAAACCAUGAGCUGA